UUCGUUCCCCCUCCUUUUCCAGCACCUCAGCAGGUUCAAACUCUUCUCCGUGAGAGUGGCGGCGAUCGCGAGGUCACGUGAUGAGCAUCCUGCUGCCCAACAUGGCGGAGUUCGACACCAUCUCUGAACUGGAGGAGGAGGAGGAAGAAGAAGCGCCAACGUCGUCGUCGUCGCCGUCGUCGUCGUCUGUAUCUGGGCCCGACGAUGACGAGGAAGAGGAGGAGGAGGAGGAAGAAGAAGAGGAAGAAGAGGGGGAGGAAGCACCACCCCCGCCUCGGGUAGUGAGCGAGGAGCAUCUGCGGAGAUAUGCCCCCGACCCCGUAUUGGUGCGGGGCGCCGGCCACAUCACUGUGUUUGGCUUGAGCAACAAGUUUGAUACUGAAUUUCCCUCAGUUCUAACAGGGAAGGUGGCUCCAGAAGAAUUUAAGAUCAGCAUUGGACGUGUGAAUUCAUGUUUGAAAAAGGCUCUCCCAGUCAAUGUGAAAUGGCUGCUUUGUGGUUGUCUCUGCUGCUGUUGCACACUGGGUUGCAGCCUGUGGCCUGUUAUUUGUCUCAACAAAAGAACCAGAAGAUCAAUUCAGAAGUUAUUAGAAUGGGAAAAUAACAGAUUGUAUCACAAGCUUGCUUUGCACUGGAAGUUGACUAAAAGGAAAUGCGAAACUAACAAUAUGAUGGAGUAUGUAAUACUAAUAGAAUUCUUACCAAAAUAUCCCAUAUUCCGACCUGACUGAGGAGUUUUAUUCAGUCACUUCUGUGUUUCCUGUCAUUUCCUACCCUUAGUGCCUUGUAGAUGAUUUUGGAAUGAAGACGGUCUCCUUUGUUGUGUUCAACUUAUUCUUUAUAAUGGUAGAAUAUACUCCUCACCCUUUUAUUUGUGUCGAUUUAACCAGAAAAUUUGCACAUCUUUUUUUUGUUAUUAAAUAAGGCUUGUGUUUUGCACUCUCAAUUUUUAAAUAAAUACAUGCGUACGUGUGGACGCACAUAUACAUAUAUAUGUAGUUGCCAGUAAAGAUAAAACAUCACUGCUGGUGUUUAAAAACAAAAACUUGUUCUGAGCAUGCUGCCUUAUAAUUUUCAUACUCACUGUUUCUAAAUAUGCAUCAUUUUUCUAGGCUACUUAAUGCUCUGUAACCCCUUACUGGACACACUUAAAUAAGCUUUUAGAAAUGGUUUUACUCUGCUUUUAAAGGACAUGCAAUUAAUAGCACUGGUUUUGUCCUGCACUUUGCUAAAUUAUCACUUAUGUUAUUAGGUAAAAUAUUUAAACUCCUAAAGACUUGUAAAUAUUGUCUCUUUGCAUAAUGUAAAAUGUGGUAUGCCAUGGUUUACAGAAUGUAAUAUUACUAUUACUGUAUUGCCAACAAUUCUGCAUAGAUUUUAAGAUGAAUGAAGUUUGCAAGCAUCCUUUUGAAUGUAGAGACCAUUAACAUGCUAUUUUAUGGCAAAGCCGUAAUAAGUAUGUUAAAAAUUUCAGGUGUAGGGCAGGGUUGCCCUUUGUAACAAGUGGAUUAAAAUUGAAAUCAUUAUCUCAGAUAGUCUACAUUGCACCUGAAACCAAGAACAUUAUGUUUUCCAUUUAAUUCAAUAAUUUCUGUUUUGUCCUUCACCCCCACCCUCCAAAAGAAUUUGAUAUCUGACACGUUUCACAGUCUUACUAUCCUUCAUUUAUUUCCUUGUAUGUAUCCUAUCCUUCCUUUGAAAAUACAGUUAUGACCUUUGGCAUAUUUUGAGAUUUCAGAUGUCUUGGUAGGUAUCUGGAGACCUUCAUGAAAGCCACUGCUAACCCCUUUCUGGAGUUCAGUAUUCUGCUUUGGGAAAGAGAGAGAACUAAUUGAUAAGCUGUAUUUAAAGAAUAUAUAGUGGCCAAUUCAUAAUUGAUAAGAUAUUCUCAAUCCUCUUUUUGAGGAUCUUUUUUAAACAUUUGGAUAUUAUUAAUGAGAAAAGACGAGUAUUUAGACAAAAGUAUUUGAGCUUAUAAAUUUACUACAUGGUUAGCCAUUUUAUUGGUAUGAGCGUAUUUCUCUUCACAAUUAAGAUGAGUGAGAGUACCACACUCUAAUCAUACUAGAAUUUGAAAUUUUAGCAUAAUGAAAGCUUUAUAUUAAGUUAAUUCAACUGCAAGUGUAUGCCUGUGUGUAGGCAUUAUUUGUAAUUCAUAGUGCUGAAAAUAAAAGUUACUGGGACUGAAUAAUAUUUUAUUUGUCAUCUUACUCUUACUCUUUUAGCAAACUUUUUUAGGCAAGCAUUCAUCCCAGUGAAGAGAGCAAUCAUUUCUUUCAUACAAGGUCAAGACUUUUGAAGCCACUUUUAAAAUUUAUGCCCAACUUGAAAUCCUCAGUCCUUGACCAGUAAAAAAAAAAAAAGGCACUAUUUGAUAUGUGAUUAUAAUUGUCUGCAUAAACACUUUUCCUCUUCCCUCUGUAGAGCCCCAUGACCCCGUGCCUAUCAGCCACCCAAAAUCUCUAACGUUUAAUAUGUUUUGUAUGCCUGCAAAUAUCAUGUGUCUGCCUGCUGCAAAAUUGAAGGUGUAUUUUUAUAGACAAGAUGGAAACCUCUGAAAAUGCAUACCAAAUGUCUUGUUUUAUGGACCAUAGCCAGGGAAAAACUGUAUUUGUGGUUUAUGUUGUAGCUAAUAUCAUCAAAUUUAUGCUUCAUGCUGUGACAUUUUAAUAACAAAAUUGAUUUCCAGCACUAUCACUGAUAGAAUAAUUGCUUUUAAGUGUUAACCCUUAAAAAUCUUAUUUUUUUCUGUAACCUUAGAAUUUGACCAUAUGGUGGUUAUAUGGUUAUAGUAACUUUUUCUGCCAUGUAUAAAUCACGCUUGGUUUUGCUCAAAGAACUGCAGGAAGUGGUAAAUUGUUUCCAUGAAACAAAUAUUGAAACAGGAAUAGAGUGUAUCAGUAGUGGUGACUGAGUACAAUUCAAGUUACAAUAGGAUGUCAUAAAAAUAAUUUGCCAGCUUGUGUAAACUUAAUUUUAAAACCUACUGUAAUCAUUCUUAAAUUUAUUAUUUUAUUGUUCAUUAUGCAGGUUGACUCAUCUUAGUUUCUUGAACAACCCAGAAAACAUCCAGUCUUCUUUUUGUUCUCUCUUAUGUGACUGCUUUUUCAAACUAUUUUCCCUUGCAGGGGGCUGAUUAACAAAUGAAUAUUUUGGAGUGUUGGGGGGGGGGUUCUUUUCAAUGAAAUUGGCAGCAGUGAAUGCUGAAAUGACAAGAGUACACUGUGGUAAUUAAUUCCUCCCCCAUCGAGAUUUUUUUCUUUUAUCCUCAGGGUAAAACAUACUUGUAUUUUUCCACUGGGUUAGUAAAGUGUUUUUGUGAAAGUUGGUUUUUUAUUGAAGAAAGUAAUUUUUAAUUUCUUUGUUGUAUAAU